AUGCGCAACGCCAAGCUGUUUGCGGGAACGUCGCACCUGGUGCUGGCGGAGCGGGUGGCAGCGCACCUCGGGAUGGAGCUGGCGCCAGUGAGUCUGCGGCGGUACACGAACCGCGAGACGACGGUGGAUCUGGGGUGCUCGGUGCGGCAGAAGGACGUGUAUAUUCUGCAGAGCGGCUCGAUGUCAACCAACGACCACCUGAUGGAGGUGCUGAUCAUGGUGAGCGCGGCGAAGCUGGCGAGCGCGCGCAAGAUCACGGUGGUGGUUCCGUACUUUCCGUACUCGAAGCAGAGCAAGAAGAAGAAGAGACGCGGGGCGAUCUCGGGCAAGCUGGUGGCAAACAUGCUGACGGUGGCAGGGGCAGACCACAUCAUCACGAUGGAUCUGCAUGCAAGCCAGAUGUCUGGGUUUUUCACGAUCCCCGUGGACAACUUGUUCUCGGAGCCGACGAUCGGGCGGUGGCUGGUGGACAAUGUGCUGCGCGGCGACGACGAGAACAGCGUGGACAAGACCGACCUGGUGGUGGUGGCCAAGAAUGCGGGUGGGGCGAAGCGCGUCACGGCGCUGGCGGACCGGCUCGGCUCGGCGUUUGCGCUGAUCCACACGGACAAUGCGCCCAGCACGCGGCCGUUCUCGCGUACGCCGUCGACGGUGCUGAACCGAUCGGACGAUGACGACGACGACGAGUUCGACGAGGGCCAGCUGAUGGAGAUGGUCAAUACGCCGCUGGAGGAGCUGGCGGAUCCGGCGGACGUGUCGGUUUCGCGCAACGCGCAGGCAAUCGCACAGGCCACGGCGGGCAUUGCCGAGCAGCACAAGAAGCUGACGUCAUGGCAUAAGAAGCGCAAUGCGCGGAUCACGCUGGUGGGCGACGUGCGCGACAAGCUGGUGCUGCUGCUGGACGACAUGAUCGACCACCCGUCGUCGUUCCUGACGGCGGCUGAGCAUCUGAUGGUCAACUGCGGGGCACGUGCCUGUGUCGAGAUCUGCCCCUAUGUGCAGAAGGUCAUUGUCACCAACACCUUCCCCAUCCCCGACGAGCUGACGUCGGCGUCGUCCAAGCUGGUGCAGAUCGACGUUGCCCCGGUGCUGGCCGAGGCCAUCCGCCGCAACCACAACGGCGAGAGCAUCUCGUACCUGUUCAACCGCAACCCGUGGUAA